CCACAGUCAGGUGUUGGUCCAUUGUGUGUCUGGCGGCCACAGUGUGAGUUUUGAAUUUGUCAUGCAAACACCAGGCAGAUAUGUUAACCAUCAAAGUGGUCACAACUUCUCAGUAGACAUGGUGGACACCCAGCAGCUCCUAGCCUGGCCUGUUGGAUUCAGCCUGAGCGCCGUGGACCUGUCAGAGCUGGACGACAGCUCCCACUCCCUCGACAUGAAGCAUUUGUCCACGUUGGACUACGCCUCCAUCUCCUCCUCCUCCAUCCCGUCCUCCCUGUCUCCCCCACUCGUAUCCUCCGUCUCCUCUGCCGGCAUGGCCUAUGACCCCAGUCCGCCGCAGAACGAAGAACCACUGACCAACAUGGACUACACAAACAUGCACAGCUACAGGAUGGAGCCGGACGCACACAAUUUGAUCAAGCUGGAGCCGGAGUCGCCCCCACAGUACUCUGACAGUCCCGUGUUCUCCAAGCUCCAAGACGACACGUCGCCGGCAGCGCUAAACAUCGAAUGUCGUGUGUGUGGAGACAAAGCUUCGGGGUUUCACUAUGGCGUCCACGCCUGUGAGGGCUGUAAGGGUUUCUUCAGACGCACAAUCAGGUUAAAGUUGGUGUACGAUCACUGUGAUCUUCACUGUCGCAUUCACAAGAAGUCCCGCAACAAAUGCCAAUACUGUCGCUUCCAGAAGUGUCUCAAUGUCGGCAUGUCACACAACGCCAUUCGCUUUGGCCGAAUGCCCCAGGCUGAGAAGGAGAAACUGCUGGCUGAGUUCUCAUCUGACGCGGUGCACAUGCACCCGGAGGCGGCAGAUCUGAGGGCUUUGGCCCGGCAUCUGUACGAGGCCUAUCUGAAAAACUUCCCCCUCACCAAGGCCAAGGCCAGGGCCAUCCUCUCUGGGAAGACCGGAGACAACGUGCCUUUUGUCAUCCAUGACAUGAAGUCUCUAAUGGAAGGAGAGCAGUUUAUUAAUUGUAGGCAGAUACCCAUCCAGGAGCAACAGCAGCAGACAUCUGCCCUAACAGCUGGAUUUGGAGGUAUCACAGGAGCUCAUCCGGGGUCAGAGUAUGGCUUUUUGGGAAUGACGAGCAUCAGCGGACAGGCACCGUCAGACGCUUUGGAGCUGCGUUUCUUCCACAGCUGUCAAUCACGUUCGGCCGAAGCAGUGAGAGAAGUGACAGAGUUCGCCAAGAAUAUCCCAGGAUUCAUCGAUCUGGAUCUCAAUGAUCAGGUAACUUUGCUGAAGUACGGUGUGAUCGAGGUCUUAAUCAUCAUGAUGUCGCCUCUGAUGAACAAAGACGGGACCCUCAUCUCCUACGGACAGAUCUUCAUGACACGGGAGUUCCUCAAGAGUCUCAGGAAACCGUUCUGUCAAAUGAUGGAACCAAAGUUUGAGUUCUCAGUCAAGUUCAACACGCUGGAGCUGGACGACAGUGACAUGGCGCUGUUUCUGGCUGUCAUUAUCCUCAGCGGGGACCGCCCCGGCCUGCUGAACGUGAAGCCCAUCGAGCAGCUUCAGGAGACGGUGCUCCAUUCGCUGGAGCUGCAGCUGAAGCUAAAUCACCCGGACUCUCUGCAACUGUUCGCCAAGCUGCUCCAGAAAAUGACUGACCUGCGUCAGAUCGUCACCGACCACGUCCACCUCAUACAGCUGCUGAAGAAGACGGAGGUGGACAUGUGCUUGCACCCACUGCUGCAGGAGAUCAUGAAGGACUUGUAUUAGAAUUCGGCAGGAGAAAAAAAGGACAAGCAGAGAACAGAGAUUUUAUUUUUAAAAUCACGACUUGUGAAAUUAUAAUGAUGAAGCACUUUGUGCUGCCGGUGUGUUGAAAUAAAGGGAGGUUGCCAGACAGGCUGACUGAAAUUGAGAAAGAGAUGAGGAAGAACAGGAAAAGAGAAAUCAAGGAAAGAGAGACAGAAUCUGAGUAUUCGAUCUUGUCUAGACAGCAGCAUGUGAAUAACUUGUGGCGCACAGUCAUUUAGCCACUGCUGAGCGUGGACGUUUUGCAAACGAGUGGGCUGCCAACUUAAACACGAAACUACCACCUAUUGCAGCGAUCGGGACGAGCGUCUGUGACUAACUGAAAGAGCGUGUUCUUAUUGGCAAGCUGAAGCUUAAAAUGGCGAGUGCUCAACACAGCCUGCCUCAAGUGCCUUCAGGAGAAAUCACUGUGAAUAUUCUAACACAGUGUGUUGUUCAUGUGCAGCUUAUCUACAUGUUGCGUUACAACCGUCACAGGCAGCAGCAGCAGCAGCAGCAGCAGCAGCAGCACCAGCAGCGUGUACGUGCUUCAAUACCUCUGUGAAGGCACACAAAUGCAUGAAUGCUGACGCGCACACGCACGAAACAAUGCACAGACAGUCAUUUUCUGUUUUGGCAUCAGGGUGCUAUCUCUUUUUAAUCAGCUUUAUCCAAAUCAGAUUAUUGCCUGUAACAUAUUUUAGACUCGGCCACCUGCAGAAACUGUGAGAAAGUGUGAAGCCAACGAAAGGCACAUUACCAUGACAAUGUUUGUGUAAAAAAAAUUAAAAAAUAUAUGCCAUAUUGUGCCUUUUAA